CACAAGCUUCCAAACAAAGGAGAAUUAAUGGAAAGUGAGAUUUACAACGUUUAUUCUCCUUGUUGUCCUCUGAUAUGUUUACAAUGAAACAAAAGGCAACAACGAUUCGUCUCUGGUUAAUGGGUGUCUCUCGCUUUCUUGAUUUCUCAACUCCAAGAUAUGCUUAUGGCAGUAGUUAUAGAUUAUUCUCUCCAAUUUAAACAACAGAUUGAAACGCUUUUUUUCAUCCAUGGCUUAUGCUGAGAUCAAGACUAAGCUGGGGAGUCGUCGUCAAAAUCAUCACCAUCAUCGUCCUUCUUCUUAUUAUACUCGGUUUCUGGGUUAUCGGAUAUGACCAUGGUUCCUGCUGAAAACCUUUCUAAUCAACAUCAUCUUCCUCGCGGUGGCGGCGGUGGUUUUUAUGGUUGUUGUGGUAGCAGUUAUACAGAGAGUUUUGGUCUUAUGAGCCGUGUUCACGGGUAUGACUAUCACAGUGAAGCUUGCUUAGGAUCUGAUCUAGGUGCUAAUCCCAUGGCUGAAGAUGAAUCAAGAACUAAUAGCCUUAAUGAAGAACGCUCCAGCUCCAAGGAUAACAAUCAAGAAGAGAGAGAUGAAGGUUGGCUCCAACUCGGCAUAGGGGGCCAGGCAACAAGAUAUGAUAACCGCAAGCACGAUCAAGGGGAUCCAACAGCGAGAAGAGGAGGGUUGAUCGAGCUUGAUCUAUUACCUGGAGGAAGCUCGCAACAAGCAAGGCCAUUAGCCCCUACUUUCAAUAUGCCUGAGUUUCGCGCUCCACGUCCACCGGUUAUGCAUAGUUUUAGUACUUCUUUAUUCUUUCAACACCAACAAGGAAGCAGCUCCGCGUUCCCUCAAGGAGAGAUUAACUGGGCAUUUAGGCCUAUAUCGCAAAAUAUAGCAGCAGCUCCUUCCUCCUCAUCGUCUUCCUCUUCUUUGGUGCCAUUGGGCUCCUACUUUGCCAGACCAUUUCAGGUGCAACCCGGAAUGGAUGUUGCCGGGCCGAGCACAGAUGUUAGAAUCAUUGAUCCUCCUAGAAGGCCCCAUUCUGGCAUUUGGUUUAUGCUACAAGCAUCACAAAAUCAAGCUAAAGAACCGUUCUUGCCUCAAAUACCAAAGAGCUAUCUGAGAAUCAAGGACGGGAAGAUGACAGUGCGGUUAUUAAUGAAGUAUCUGGUUAACAAGCUGAGACUGGACAGCGAAUCAGAGAUAGAGAUAACAUGUAGAGGGCAACAGCUUGUACCUUACUUGACGUUGCAGAAUGUAAGAGAUCAAAUAUGGAGUUCAAGAGACGCAGUCACUUUGCUUCCAGAAACCUCAACAGCUGAUCAUGUCAUGGUGCUGCACUAUGGUAGGAGUGCUUGAAACUCGAAAUGAAACAAACAACGGAAAAGAAAAAAACAAAAACAAAAAAUGUUUCUCAUAAUUUAGUCGCCUCCUUUAUGUGAUAUAUUAUUCUUAAGUUAUGAAACCCUUAAUUUCUUUCUUUCUUUCUUUUUUAUUUCUUUUUUUUUAAUGGGUUUUGUUAUUUAUUUUUCUUUCUUUUUUUAUGGUUUCUUCACUCUCUAAUUGAUGGAGAAAAUAGUUUGGGGAUGCCCUGAAAUGAUGUUUAUGAUUUUGGGGGCCAAUAACGUAACCAAAAUUGUAUUUCCAAGCUAUGCUGGCUUGAUAUUUAGUUAUUAUCA